CUCUGGAUCUAACACGCGAGAGAGAGAGAGAGAGAGAGAGAGAAUGACAGUCCACGGGAAGAUGGAGAUAGACUUGGAGAUCAGGGCUCCGGCCGACAAGUUUCACGACGUCUUCAGCUGCCGGCCCCACCACAUCUCGAACAUGUCCACUGAUAAGAUCCACGGUGUCGAUCUGCACGACGGUGACUGGGGCAAGGCCGGAUCCGUCGUCUCCUGGAGCUAUACCCAUGAUGGAGAGACUAAGGUUGCGAAGGAGGUGAUAGAAGCCAUAGAUGACGAGAAGAACUCGACGACGUUCAGAGUGAUCGAAGGCGACCUGAUGAAGCUGUACAAGAACUUUGUCCUCGUCGUCCAGGCCACGCCCAAGGAAGGAGGCGGGAGCGUCGUCCACUGGACGCUCGAGUACGAGAAGCUGAGCGAGGAGGUGACUGAGCCCUACUCGCUGCUCCAGUUCUGCGUCCAUGUCAGCAAGGACAUGGAUCUUCACCUCAUGGAACAGGCUCAGGCUCAGGCGCAGGCCUAGCUGAAACCAAGCAACUGGAUUUAAUAUUUAUAUGCACUGGUUUGCUGUCUCCGUUGAUUUUGAUGUUAUGUAUGUUUGAACAUGUUUCACAAUGUGUCUAUAGUGAAAGGAAUAUGCUUGUGCUAUGUGUGGUCCUCGUGAGGAAAACUAAUAAAAUGGUCUUCAGACAGAUCGUUUAAUA